AUGGAAGAGACAGAAAAGGAGGGCCAGCCCAAGUUGAGGAACAACGAAACACCAAAGGGCCCAACCCGGGCAUUUUGGAUCAAAAAGACAGAGAACGAGGCGAUAUGGCGCCUUCAGAUGGCGAUGCGACUCAAAAAGGAGCAAAAUCGAGCAAACCUGUGCGAAGGACCAGAGAGGGAUGCGAUAUGUUGCCUCCUUUGUGGAGAUAUGUCGCUUCUUUUAGGCAAUAUGUCGCCUAUUCUAGGGGAUAUGUCGCCUGAUUUACCCGAUUUUAUUAGAAACACGCAUUUUGCCCUAGUUUGGUGCAGGGACUUUUAUGGAAAGGAGAUACGCCUCUGGCUCGGGGUUUACCGAGGAGGGGUUGAGCAUAUCAUAGAGACUGAAAUUGAAAUCAACGCAGGUGUUGAGAAGUACUACAAUAUCUGGAAACAAGCACACCACAUUCCGAACAUCGCCGGCGACCAUAUUGAGGGUGUUGAUUGCCAUGAGGGUGACUGGCGUACUCAUGGAGGUGUUAAGAGCUGGAAAUACACAGUAGACGGGACCAGUGGGGUGUUCAAGGAGAAGGUGGAAUUUGACGAUGAAAACAAGGCAGUGAUUCUGAAUGGAUUUGAAGGAGAUGUGUUCAAUGAAUACAAGCUCUUUAAGCCAGUUUAUCAUGUGGUUCCCAAUCCUAAGGGUAGAGGCAGCAUUGCAAAACUGAGCAUUGAGUAUGAGAAGCUGAAUGAGGGUGUUCCACCUCCAGAUAAAUACGUUAAACUGAUGGUCAACAUCAGCAAAGAUCUUGAUGUCCACUUUGGCAAGGCAUAGAUCAUAUAGAUAUGAUCAAAUUAUUAAGGAAAUAUCCUUAUGGUACUAAGUAUUGUAUAAUUGUAGUGCUUUGGUUUGUCCAGUAGUUAUGAUACUUAAACUCCUAAUUUGUGUGAUGAAUGUUUAUGCUAAUUACUUUAAGAGAGCUUAAUCAGUUGUUGUAUUAGUCUUGGUGAGGUCACCAUCUAAGCUCUCCAUGUAUUGUACAAGGUUUUAUAAGUUGAUAUGA